AUGGCGCAGGCGGUUAAACCAUCCGUCACGGGUACGGGCACCGCGGCGGCGGCGGGCGGGCGCCAGCGCCUCCCCAACCACAAAAUGGCUGAGGAGCCGCCCGAGGGCCCCCGGGAGCCUGGUGCUGGCAGACAGAGCUCAAGGAAUCCCAGGUCCUGCUACAAGCUGGUGAGCCUGCUGCUGAUUGGGAUUGCAGCAUGGGGCAUUGGCUUUGGCCUCAUCUCUAGCUUGAGAGUCGUUGGAGUCGCAAUUGCAGUAGGAAUUUUCCUCUUCCUAAUUGCCCUGGUUGGACUGAUUGGUGCGGUGAAACAUCAUCAAGUACUGCUGUUCUUUUACAUGAUUAUUCUUUUGCUUGUCUUUAUUGUACAGUUUUCUGUCUCCUGUGCCUGCUUGGCACUGAACAAGGAACAGCAGAGUCAGCUCCUGGAGGUUGGAUGGAAUAACACCAACAGUGCAAGGGCAGAUAUUGAGAGAAACCUCAAUUGUUGUGGAUUCAGAACCUUUGAUCCCAAUGAAACCUGCUUGUCUGAUUGCUUUAGAAGUCACCAGUGUCGACCCUGUCUACUGGUAAUAGAGGAAUAUUCUGGAAUGGUGCUGAGAUUUGUUGGAGGCAUAGGACUUUUCUUCAGCUUCACAGAGAUUUUAGGAGUCUGGCUGACCUACAGAUACAGGAACCAAAAGGAUCCCCGUGCAAAUCCUAGUGCAUUUCUUUGACAAGUUUAUAUGAAGGACUGAAUUUUCUUCGUGUGACCUCUACUUCAAAAUAUUAAUUCUCCAUAGUUUCUCAUUUCUCCAUAAUAGGGAAUCUGUGUGAAUUCAAAAAAAAAAAAGUUCUUGUCAUCUUUAGUUUUUUAUUGUUGCCUUUCUAAGAAUUUCUGACUUGAAGUUGAUUAGUGUAUGCAGUAGCUGGACGGAAUCAGAAUGCUACUCAGAGCUGCUUAAAUGACUUUGUUAAUACUUCCACAAUUGGUGUGGUGAACUGUAUGUAUUCAGUGAUUCAGUGAGUUUUAUAACACUGCUCACUGCUUUGUCUGAAAAAAAUGAAGUAUUUUCUGCUGUAUUCAUGAAUUACAAUGAUUCAUAUGGCUUCUUAUUAAAAUGAUAAAAACGUUGGGUGCUUGGAGCUGUGUGAUUUGGUUAGCCAUCAGGAUGAAUAAGGCUAAAUUUAUUUUCAUGUCUUAAUAAUGGUCUCCCAACCUCCUAUUGGGGUAAAAAUAGAAAAAUAGAGCCUGAAUAUUUUGUUUUCAGUAGUGCACAGAUGUGCWUAUUAAAGGACUAUUGUAGUCUUCUCCACUCCUGUACUGCUUGGUUUGCUUUGGGUUUCUGUUAGCUUUAGAAUUCCUCUAAGAAACUGAAAAUACUCUAUUUUUAGUGAAGACAUUAAGAGAAGAGUGAAUGAAGACCACGAAAAUUUAAUCCACAGAUGAGUAACUUGAAACUUUUCUCUUUAGAAUGUGAAUGGAAUUUAGUAUGUGCACAGCAUCAGAAUCAGUAGUGGUCUGYCAUCUUGUUAAUGCAACAAACUUAACUUGAUGUCCAGAAAGUGGUUGUACAACUAUUUUUACAAAUGGUGUAAAACU